CCACAACCGAUUUCUUCUAACUCUUCAAUAUUAGUCUGAAUCAUCGACGAGUAUAUAUUUUGUUUAUUACUACUUCAUGGCCAAUAAACUACAGUAUCUUUCCGACGAUGACAUCGUUCGUCUUUGCCCCCAUCCUGGUGCAGAAAACUGUGGACGGUCAUUAGAAAGGAUACUAGGCAACGUCUUGGUCAAAUACGGGUGGAGCGUUACCAAGGACGAGGCUGCAAACCAAAUAUUCGCUUAUAAUCAAUCCCAAGGAACCAAGAUUCGGGUCCCGAAAGUGUAUCGAUAUUUUCAAAAAUCGGAGAUAGGUUAUCUUGUGAUGGAGCUCAUUGAUGGCAUUUCGCUCGCGGACUUGGCACCAUUUGAUGAGUCUCUCAUGCAAAAUUUAGCUCAAGCUUUGUAUGAUUUCAAGACCAAGGCUGAGGUGGACUUUCCUGGUCCCCGCGAACACGGAAUACCUCGAGGAUACCUUUUUUCUGAGAAUGGGGCCGGUGAACCGCUGGACAGCAUGGAAAAGUUGAACCUAUGGCUUGAGAGACGUGCUCAACUCACUGCAUCUGAAAGAAAGUUUCAGUUUCAACUUACGGACUGCGUGUUUUGCCAUUUGGACCUCAGUUACCGGAAUAUUAUUCUUUCUAAUGGGUCGUUUUGCCUCUUAGAUUGGGAGUUUGCUGGUUUCUACCCACGAGUAUUUGAAAAAUACUGCAUCCUAUUUCUUGGACAGAAGGAAGACUACAGGUAUGCCAAGGAUCUUGCAGAUUCACUCGAUUCGGUUUAUCGCAAAUCGGGGCUGAAUGUUGAUGACCAACAUCUGAUCGGAUUUCUCGAUCGUGUUUAUAAAAACAAUUUGAAGUAUGAUUUUGGUGGCGCAUUCCAGAUCGACUGGGAGGCUGUAAAAAAUUUCAACGUCCGUUUAGAGACAGCAAACAUUCCCACCAAAGCCUAGCCUUCGUACCAACAGAUUUCACAAUGAGGAUCCCAUAUAAAAACCUAGAAAAACUCUCCCAUUUCCAUCGGGUCUGGGAUUUGAUUGAUGGUCCCCUGAGCGUUCCUAUGGUAUCUUGUUUGUAUUCGCUGUCCAAACUGUGAUUCCCCAUUUUCUGGUAGCACAAUGUAACCUUGCCGGGAGAAAUCCAGGAAGAUAUUCCAUCUGUGAGAUAGCAUGAGUAACUAAAAAGGCCAUGUAUAUGUAUGUGUGUGUGGAUCAUGCUAGGUUAAACUCACGCCCAAUAACGACAACCAUUUCCACUCCCAGCCAUUCGGUACCUAUGCCGCCCCUUUUGCUGAAUUAUCC